GUUUCAUUUGUGAAAGCGUGCCGCUCCAUCUGGAGGUUCGCAUCACGUGGAAGACUUUUAGUUCUAUUGGCUAAAUAUUUUUAUUGACCAAAGUGCAGCUUUAAAGCAAGCAAGCUCAACUUGCUUAAGCCAUCAAACCACUUCUUCAGCAGUCCGCUGUCUGGCCUAUGGCAUGCUCAAGAAUCUUUUCAAGCCUACUCCAGUACGAGCUCUCGUCCGGACACAGUCCACAUCAAGUCUUGACAAGACAAUAAGAUGUGCAAUCAUCGGAUCCGGUCCUGCUGGCUUCUACACUGCUUCUCGUCUGCUCUCGCAUUACCCAAAUUGUAGUAUUGACAUUUACGAAGCUUUGCCCGUGCCAUAUGGUUUAGCUCGGUAUGGCGUGGCACCCGAUCACCCAGAGGUCAAGAAUGUCACACACAAAUUCGACGAAGUAGCUAGCUCUAAACGCGUCCGGUUCUUUGGCAACGUUCAUGUCGGCAAAGACGUCUCAUUGAAGUCUCUAGCCUCGUGUUAUGACAGUAUUGUCUUUUCCUAUGGCGCGUCUUCAAAUAGGUCGCUAGGUGUCCCAGGAGAAGACUUACCGGGUGUUGUCACGGCACGAUCGUUCGUUGGUUGGUAUAACGGAUUACCCGAAACGGCUGAAUUGGGUGUAGACCUACGAAAGGUUAAGCAAGCAGUCAUUGUUGGUCAGGGCAACGUGGCAUUAGACAUAGCCCGGAUUUUGCUUUCAAGUGUGGACAGUUUACGGAAGACCGACAUUAGCGCCGAUGCACUUCAAUGUCUCUCUGAGAGCAAAAUCGACUCAGUCUCUAUUGUUGGUCGACGCGGUCCUCUUGAGGCUUCUUAUACCAUCAAAGAAGUUCGCGAGCUUAUCAAGCUCCCUGAAGUACACUUCAUAAACAGUCAGCGGCAGCUCUACGUCGAUGCCUUGAGUCAGCCCCUUGCAAGGCCACAAAAGCGUCUCAUGGAACUGCUUGCGAAGAGCCAACCGACCCUGGAGAAUGACCGUCAAGCACAAUGGGAUUUCCGGUAUCGUUUGUCUCCCACGAGAUUUUGUGGAAGUAGCGGGCUGGAGCGUGUCGAGUUUCAGGUCAAUGAUCUCAAGACAUCUGGCGAUCGUGUGGUGGCAGUUGGGACCGACCAAAAGUACAUUGAAGAAGCACAAGUCGCCUUCACUAGCAUCGGCUACAAAGCUGAGCCUCUCUUGGGCAUGUCUGAUAUUGGCAUCAUCUUCGACACGACUCGCAACAUUAUUCCGAAUGAGGCUGGUCGGGUGCAGACUCUGGACGGCACAUUGGCUGGACUGUAUUGCGCAGGAUGGGCCAAGAAUGGUCCGGUCGGAGUCAUCGCAUCCACUAUGCGAGACGCAUAUGAGACUGCAGACAAUAUUCUUUUGGAUUGGCGUGCCGGCCUUACGAGAUCAGUGGAGGGCAACUCUUCAGCUUUUGUCAAGCGUCUGAGCCAGUCUUGUGCAGUCAUCGAUUGGAAUGGUUGGAAGCGUAUCGAGCAAUUUGAAUUCGAAUGCGGUCAGAGACUCGACAGGCCAAGUGUCAAAGUAACGGAUGUCAAAGAGAUGAUUCGAAUAGCUGCCAAAUAGCAGGGCGAUGUGU